AUGCCUUUGCGCGCCAAGGUAACGAACCCUGCCUUCCGCGCAUCUGCUUCGAUGUCGACCGCCCCUGAAAUCCCCAAAGAGCUCCCGGGCGAUGAGCCCGAUGACGUUCUGUUCAACUCCAUCUACGGCCUUCGCAGUAUUGAACUCAACCGGCCCAAGAAGCUCAACUCCCUCAAUGGCUCGAUGGCACGCAAGAUCUUCCCUCGGCUAAAGGAAUGGGAAAAGUCUCAUCUCGCAAACAUUAUCCUCAUCUCGGGAGCAGGAGAGAAGGCGCUCUGUGCAGGAGGCGACGUGGCCGCUCUGGCACUGCAGAACGAGAAGGGACUAGAGGGACAGCGCCAAUCGACAGAUUUUUUCGGACUCGAAUACCGUCUCGACCAUACGAUCGCUACAUACUCGAAGCCUGUUAUCUCUUUCAUGGACGGAAUUACCAUGGGCGGCGGUGUUGGCCUCAGCAUGCAUGCUCCUUUCCGCAUUGCGACCGAGAAAACUGUUUUCGCUAUGCCCGAGACUACAAUCGGUUUCUUCCCUGACGUGGGCGGCUCCUUCUUCCUCCCGCGCCUGGACGGCGAGACCGGUACCUACCUGGCCCUCACUUCGGAGCGCCUGAACGGUGUGCAGGCUCUGUACUCUGGUAUCGCUACCCACUACCUACACUCCAGUGUUCUUAGCAACAUGACCCAGCGCCUGGCGGAGCUUGUCUUCCCCGACAAUGUCAGUCUGCCCGAGCGGCUGAACAUCGUGAACAAGACCAUGGCUGAGUUCUCGCUUGGCCUUCCCUCUCUUCAGGAGGAACCCAUCCUUCUGGCUGGUGGACUCCGCUCCGCCAUUGACCGCUGCUUUAAGUUCAACACCGUUGAGGAAAUUUUCCAAGCGCUGGAGAGCGAGACCGAGCACAAGGAGUGGGCCCAGAAGACUCUGGAGACUUUGUCUAUUCGCUCCCCGACUUCCCUCAAGGUGACCCUUCGCCAGCUGCGUCUCGGCAAGAAGUGGAGCAUCACCGAGACCUUCCAGCGCGAGUACGAGAUUGCCGCCAACUUUAUGCGCCACCCCGACUUCGUCGAGGGUGUCAAGGCUCGUCUCAUGUCCAAGCCCCCCCGCCAGGCCAACUGGCAGCCGGCUACUCUGGCGGAGGUCUCCAAUGAGAUGGUUGAUGCGUUCUUCACCAUCCCUGAGGGUGAAACUCGCCUGCCGCUUCUCAGCGAGGGCGACUACAACCGCUACCCACAUGCACGCUUCUCUCUGCCUUCCGAGGCCCAGAUUGAGAAGUUUGUCCGCAGCAAUGGCCAGGGCCAGAACCAGGUCAUUCAGGAGUUUGUCGGACAAUACAAUCACAAGGAAGGUGUGCGCGAGAAGGUCUCUGAGGUGUUGGCCCGGCGGACACAGAGCACUGCUCAGGGUCUGCGGUGGGUAGAGUAA